ACAAAUGCCAUAAAAUUGGCAGAUAAAUUAUUUUAAUCAUGGUUUAUCAAUUUUCAGGCAUCUCAGCUUCGGCAGACGAUAUCUAAGAAUUGAGCAAGAAUUGAUAGAAGUUUUGAGCGAGCACUGCCGCCGACUAAGGACUCUCGAGCUUUCGUUUACUAUUCUUCGAGGACGGAUCAACGACUGGCUUCUUCGACUCAGUGGCUAUCUGGAGGAACUGAAUCUUGAAGAAACCCAUUGGGCACCACAUUGUUUGAGCCUUGGACUCGACAAAGUACUGUCUGAAUGCGCCCAUCUUCAGAAAUUGAAUCUUCUAAGACACUAUUCUGUCCAUUUUCCAUUCGCUCUCGGUUGGCUUGCUCAGACGAAAACGUCAUUGGUAUCUCUCAACUUAUCAGGAUUAUCUGGUGAGGAACAUAUUGCCUCAUGGCUCCUGCGGGAGAUUAUAGCUCAGAACAAGCGCCUGAAAUGUUUGGACUUGGAGCGAGUUCAGACGGUGAAUUCCAGCGUGAUCUCAGCAAUUGCUGGCCUGCCCUGUUUGGAGGUUCUGAAGCUCAACUUCAUCACACGCCGUGACAUCGACCUCUCACCGUUGGCACGACUCGGCCGCACGCUCGAAGAACUGCACCUCUUCGCGAACGACUCGGUCACCGUCGACGUUCUGUCUUUGAUCUGCUCAAAGUGCAAAUGUCUACAACUGCUGAACGUUGCAGAAUGCUGCCAGCUGAACAGUGAGGAUUUGCAGCGCUUACGGACAACAUUCCAGCAUUUGCGGUUUCAAAUUUCCUGGAGGCAUCCAGUUUGA